AUGAAUUUAAUAUUAGGACCAGAAGUCCAAGAAUUUUGUGUGAACUAUUUAGAUGAUCUAGCCAUUAUUACAACAGGAACGUUAGAUAAACAUUUGGAGCACAUUGAUAUUGUUUUAAGUAAAUUGAACAAAGCUGGCUUAACGUGUAACUUGCAGAAAUGUGAAUUUAUUUGUAAAGAAAUUAAAAUGCUGGGUUUUAUAAUUUCAACAGAAGGCAUAAAGACAGAUCCCGAUAAGAUUCGAGCGAUCCAAGAGUUUCCAGCACCUAAAAAGAUUAAACAAUUAAGGGCCUUUUUAGGUCUAUGCAAUUUUUAUAGAAGGUUUAUACCAAAUUACAGCGAGAGCAUAAUACCGCUCUGUGAAUUACUUAAAAAGGGACGAAAGUUCCAAUGGAGCGGUAAAGAACAGAAGGCAUUUGAUUUUAUAAAACAACAAUUUAUUAAUACAAUACAAUUGCAUCAUCCAGACUUUAAUAAGCCGUAUUAUUUACAAACAGAUUGUUCCGGUGUGGGUAUGGCCGGAGUACUAUAUCAGAUAGAUGAUAAUAAUGAAAUGAGAAUUUUAGGCUAUCAUAGUAAAGCCUUAAAAGGCCCCGAAUUAAAUUGGUCUGUUACUGAACAAGAGUUUUAUGCUGUAAUAAGCUGCCUAAAGAAAUUUGAAACAUAUUUGCGGGGCAGUAAAGUAAUAAUACUAACUGAUCACAAAGCAUUAUUGUUUAUUAAUAAUAUGAAGUUAUUCAAUGGUAGAGUAACCCGAUGGAUUUUGUAUAUAGAACAAUUUAAUUAUGAAGUACAACAUAUAUCGGGUAGACGUAAUAUUGUUGCAGAUGUGCUAUCACGUUAUCCUCCUGAUGGCGAUUUAAUACAAGAGGAUAAAAAUAAUAGUUUAGAAAUUGCUUACACAGAGAGCGAACCGAAUAUUGAGUUGAUAAAAAAAUUAAAAUCCUUAUCAGUAUAUCAAUUACAAGAUUCAAAGUCGUUGGCUAUUAUUGAAAAGUUAAAGACGUUAAAUACUUCCAUAAUAAAACACAACAAUAAAUUUAAAAGGUAUAGUUUGAAAAAUGAUGUAUUAUAUUACAAAACGAAUUUACAAGAAGUAAUAUAUUUACCUAAAGCAUUGAGACAAGAUAUUAUAAAACAAGUGCAUGUAGAAAAGGGUCAUCAAGGACCCUAUAAGGUAAUUAAAUAUGUGAGAGACAGAUUCUUUUGGAAAGGUUUAACAAAAGAUAUUAAAAACCAAUUAAGGGCUUGUCAUUUAUGUCAGUUAUCUAAGAAAAGCAAUAUAACAUAUGUGGGUCCCUGCAAAUCUAUAAUAACAGAAAACAUUGGCGAUAUAGUCAUAGCAGACUUAUAUGGACCACUUGUAUCAGGUACCUUUGGGUACACUUUCAUAUUUGUCAUUCAAGAUUCAUUCAGUAAAUUUUUCAAAUUAUAUCCUUUAAAACAGUCAACAGCAAAGUCUGUUGUAACAAAAGUAAAGCAUUUUGUUGAGAUUAUAAAGCCCAAGGCAAUAAUGACAGAUAAUGGAAAACAGUUCGUAAGUAAUCACUGGAAACAAUGA